AGAUAUCGAAAGCUUAAGCAAGGCAAAAUCCGCAAAAUCCAGGGGCGCGAGUGCUGAAAAAGCAGUUUUUCGAGUGAUGGAACGUAGUUGCACCAGUAUAAAAAGCGGAGCUUGCAGAUGAGCUCUUCUUGCGACCCAUCGUAAUAUCGAUGAACAGCUUGGCCCUGUCAACCCUUAUGUCCUAUGUCAUGUCCGCCAACGGAUGUAUUGACUGGAGACCGAUCACCAUCUGUGUCACGUCGGAUAUCCUUGCCAUGGGUGCUGACCAUCUUAAGGAUAAAGAGGAGGAAUUCUCCGCUGUGCUCCUUGCAUUGGCGCUAUCUCAGUGUCCAACUUCGACACUCCUCACCACGGCGGCGUUUAUCGCUCCUGCCUUGUUCUGGACCACUCCGAUCAACUUCAAGAAGUUUGCGCUGAUCUCGAGGCGUCUUCUCGGGAAAUUUGGUGGAGGCAAGCACCAGCCUUCUACAUCUGCACCUGUCUUUGUUAUCAAACGCAUUCCUGGCAUGAAAGCCAUCUUUAAUGGCAUAAUUCGAGGAUGUGGCAUCUACGCUGUGGUUCUCUCGGUGUUGUCGGGAUCAGGCAAUCUGACUAACACGCUGCCGUCUCCAUGGAGUGUUGUUCAACUAAUAGUCUGGUCGACCGUCAACGGUUCAUGCCACGCAAUCAUGACUGAUAUCCGUGAUUUCGAAGACGAUCUGAAGGCCGGCGUCCCCACUAUACCCGUCCUUCUCGGUUCCAUACUCAAAACGAAGGUCGUAUUGACGACUUGUCAUAUGCUGGUUAUGUCGGCCUUCAUCGAAAACUCAUACAUUGUGGGAAGCUGUCUAUUUGCCGCAGUUCUGGUGUGGAUUCUAGGCAAAAAUUCACCGAAAAAGGUGUUCUUGUUUAGCUCUCAUUCGCAGUCCUUGUUUAUUAUCUGGUAUUUGUUGACGAGGCAGUAUCUUCAGUUAUAAUACUUAUUGUGUUAACUUACCUACCUAGGCUUUUUAUAUGCAUAAGCGCAACUUCCUAUAUAUGAUAAACCGAGUUCUCCACAAAAUACCACGUCAUCGACUGAACCAAC